UGGGUGUAAUGCGUCCUGUCGACGUCGAGUCCACCAUCUAAGACGUUUCUAUCGAGAAAAGUUAUUUCGAGACAAUUAUCGUAUUAUCGCUCUGCCCUACUUGUUUGUAAUGUACCGUUGCAUACCAGGCAUAUUCCGACUGAAUGGGGGGAGACGUCUUGCAAAUAAAUCAUGCUUCCAGUCAUUUUCGUUUUUAGACGGGUGCAUACAUAUAACGCCAUACAGACCAGUGCAACCUGUGACAGAUAUUCUGCAGCAGCCCUGGACACGCAAGCCAGUGUUCUGCCGUUUUAUGAGCUCCUGUACGCGCAGGUUGCCCAGCGCCUUUCCAGUAAUAGACGGUGCGUUUCAGCCAAUACACAGCCAUGUCUUUGAAGCAAAUUUACGGAACAGUCAGGUGUGUCAACAAAGGUACAUGGAACUCAAAAAGGAAGUGUCAAAGGGGGGUGGUGAAAAGGCUAUUGCCCGACACACACAGAAGAAACAGAAGAUUCUAGUCAGAGACAGACUACAUAAAUUGUUGGAUGAUCAAGAUUACCUAGAACUUUCUCCCUUUGCUGGGCUGGGUUUACCCUAUGGGAACAUUCCGUCAGCUGGUUGUAUCACAGGCAUUGGUAAAAUUAAUGGGCUUUGGUGUGUGUUCAUUGCUAAUGAUGCCACAGUAAAGGGAGGCACAUCAUUCCCUAUCACAGUAAAGAAACAAGUCCGGGCGCAAGAAGUGGCCAUUCAGAAUCGUCUGCCUUGUGUAUAUUUGGUUGACAGUGGUGGUGCCUUCUUACCACUUCAGUCAGACAUCUUCCCUGAUAAGAAUCACGGUGGACGUAUUUUUUACAAUGAAGCUAUAAUGUCAGCAUUAAAGAUUCCACAGGUGGCAGUAGUUUGUGGGUCGUGCACAGCAGGUGGAGCUUAUGUCCCCAUGAUGGCAGAGGAGGCGGUAAUGGUGCACAGAAUAGGGACCAUAUUUUUAGGUGGUCCACCCCUAGUUAAAGCCGCCACAGGUGAAGAUGUGUCUCCUGAGGAUCUUGGAGGGGCCAGGUUGCACUCAGAGGUGAGUGGCUGCGUGGACCAUUUUGCUGCGGUGGAGAAUGAGGCGUACGAGUGUACCAGGAACAUCAUCUCCACUCUCAACUUUGAGCUUCCAGGGGAGGGGGAUAUAGAGUCUGAGGAGCCAGUGCACAGCAUGGAGGAGCUCAUGGGCUUUGCACCACGCAGCUACCAUUACAGCAUGGAUAUCAGACUGAUCGUGAGUCGUCUGAUUGAUGGUAGUAGGUUCCAGGAAUUCAAGGCUCGCUAUGGUACCACUCUCGUCACUGGGUUUGCCAGAAUCGAAGGACAUCAGGUUGGCAUUGUUGCAAACAAUGGAGAGUUAACAUAUGAAGCCUCUCUAAAAGGUACCCAUUUUGUUCAGCUGUGUGACCAGAGGGACAUCCCUCUCAUCUUUCUUCAGAACACAGCCCCUGAGCCUGACCAUACACUCACACAAGGCAAGGCAGAGUCCCACAGUAAUAAACUCAAAGCUCAGGGAACCAUGAUGUCUGCUGUGGCCUGUGCUUCUUCUCCUAAGAUCACUGUGGUCAUUGGUGGCUGUCAUGGUGUUGACAGCUAUGCCAUGUGUGGAAGAGCUUUUGACCCCAACUUCUUGUUUCUGUGGCCCAAUGCUAAAGUUUCAAUUUUGGCCCCAGACUUUGCCGGAGCCCUGGUCCAUAACAAAGACAAGGCCAUGAGCAUUAAUGAGCAGCUAAAAGAAGAGAGCUCAGCAUUCUACUCAUCAAGCAGGCUCUGGGAUGAUGGAGUGAUCCUUCCACAAGACACCAGGAAGGUAUUGAGCAAAUGCUUGAAAAUAAUCAAGCAACAGGAAUAUCAGAUGGGUGGAAAGAAGCAGAAAUCUCCCCUUUUUCGAAUGUAACACUAUAUCUGCAAGAGCUGUGUCACUGGAAAGGCUUUUUAUAGGAUUGCGUACAGCCAUAAGGAUUUUUGUUGUUUAUACUAUACUUUUUCCUGUAAACUACCAAUUAAAAGCAAUGUAUUGUCAUUGGUGCUUAAAAAUAUAUAAAAAUUCAGCGUACCUGAAAA